GGAUGGAUGAAAGCGUAAGAGCAACAGGAAGUGCUGAAGAUGCUUCAUCUAGCAGGGUCGUCUAUGAUGAUCGAGGUGGUGGCGUCCAUGGCCCGAGGCCCAGUGUUUCUGGCCGGGGAGCUGAUGGAGUGUCUCAUAACAUUCACCAAUCCGAUGUCUCAUCUCUCUACAUCUGCGAGCAGUGAGAUGUUGGCGUGGGCCAGCGCCCAGAUCCACUGUCAGUUUCACGCCAGUGAGAACCGAGUAGCCCUGCCGGCCCGGGGCAACAAGCAGGACGUUCAGGCUGACAGCGACACCGUGCUUAUACCAAGCAGAGGAGAGCGAGGCCAGUGUGUGCUGGACACACCUCCGAAGAUAUUAUUCUGUGACCUGUGUCUGGACCCUGGGGAAAGUAAAACUUAUUCAUACAGCGAGGUGGUGCCCAUCGAUGGACCUCCCAGUUUCCGCGGCCAGGCAGUGAAAUAUGUCUACAAACUGACCAUCGGUUGUCAGAGGGUCAACUCUCCCAUCAAGCUUCUCCGGGUCCCCUUCAGGGUGCUGGUUCUGCAGGGCAUGCCAGAGCCUCCAUUUCCUCAGGAUGACGAGGUUUCCCCCUCAAACCCAUUUCUGGAGGAGGAGGAGGCGAGCCGCAGAGACGCUCGAACUUUGGAGAGGGCACUGGACAUGCUGAUGGUCACCACCUCCAGACGCUGCCCCCACAUGUUUAAUAUCACCAACUUGCGUGGAAAAGUGGCAAAGUUCUGCAUCUUCAAGACUGUUUACAGACUUGGGGAGGACAUCGUUGGUACUUUUAACUUCUCAGAAGGAGACAUUCCUUGCUUACAGUAUUCUGUGAGUCUUCAGAGUGAGGAGGAGAUCCAGGAGCAGUACCAGCGACGGCCCGGGCAGGCCAUCAGCGUGACUGGACACGGCCGACACCUGGAGUCCUGCCUCCACACCGCCUCCAGCCACUUCUCCCUCCCCGUCCCCCUCAACGUCACGCCGGGGUUCAGCACAGACAUAGUGACCCUGCGGUGGCGCCUGCACUUUGAGUUCGUCACCGCCCGUGAGCCUAUGGAGCCCCCCACAGUUCUGCAGAACCAAUCGGAGGUCACCGUUUGGGCGGGGGCGGAGCACGUCGACGUGGACACGUUCAGCUGGAAUCUGCCUAUCAAAGUGCUGCCGACGAACCCGGCUCUGGCGUCCUACGUGUCCCAGUUCACAGGGACAAACAGCAUUAAUAUUUGACUGUCACACUGCGUGCAUCAGGUCGGUUACUGGAAAGCAAUCGGGAAUGGGGUGUGUGUGUAUUUGUGUGUGUGUGUGUGGAAGGGAAAGGACGAUUGUUUUUCUUUAGAGGUGCACAUUCCCAGUGUACAUGCGACGCUAGUGGGUACCAUAUGUGAUUUAACCAGCUGUAUGUUUUACUUUUUUCAUUUUGAAAGUGCUUUCUAAUGUUUCAAGACUUGGGACAUCUUUUUAAAAGAAUGCAACUUUUUGACUUGUGUGUUUUUUAUUUUAAAUGCGUUUUGUGCAACGGCACACCAGCUUGUUCUCAUUACUGUAUAUGAAACCAGCAUACAAGACGUUUGUUCUGUAUUAGCAUUUUGCUUUGAGAUGUAAAAACUGCGAGAGAAGAAUUAAAACUGUGACCUUUAAUUU